GCUGGAAGGGGGACUGCCCCUCUGCCCUCCUCUCCGGCUCCUCUUCUUUCUGGGUCCGGUGUGUGGGCCGUCUGGGUGCUGUCCGUGCGCUGGCCCUCGGGUCUCCCGGCCGGACGGAGCCGGGGGCGGGGGGCCGGGCGGGGUGGUCACUAUGGUCGGACUGGCGGCCAGUCCUGCGAGCCGGCCGGAUCGCCUGCGGAGCUUGGAGGGGCUCCUCCUCCUCCUGCAAACCUUCCUUGGGAUUGUAUGUGCCGCCGUCUGCCCAGCGGAGCCGCAUUUCAAUGUGGAGGUUUGGUUACAAAAAUACGGCUACCUCCCGCCAACUGACCCCAGAAUGUCGGUGCUGCGCUCUGCAGAGACCAUGCAAUCCGCCCUAGCAGCUAUGCAGCAGUUUUAUGGAAUUAACAUGACGGGGAAAGUUGACAGAAACACGAUUGACUGGAUGAAGAAACCUCGAUGUGGUGUGCCUGAUCAGACAAGAGGUAGCUCCAGAUUUAAUAUCCGUCGAAAGCGAUAUGCGUUAACAGGACAGAAGUGGCAGCACAAACAUAUCACUUACAGCAUAAAGAACGUUACCCCAAAAGUAGGUGAUGCUGAAACCCGCAAAGCCAUUCGCCGUGCCUUCGAUGUGUGGCAGAACGUAACACCUCUGACAUUUGAAGAAGUUCCUUAUAGUGAACUGGAAAACGGAAAAAGGGACGUGGAUAUAACUAUUAUUUUUGCAUCCGGUUUCCAUGGAGAUAGUUCUCCUUUUGAUGGAGAGGGAGGCUUUUUGGCACAUGCUUACUUCCCCGGACCAGGAAUUGGGGGAGAUACUCACUUUGACUCAGAUGAACCCUGGACCUUGGGAAAUCCUAAUCACGAUGGAAAUGACCUAUUUCUAGUCGCAGUUCAUGAGCUGGGACAUGCUCUAGGGUUGGAACAUUCUAACGACCCCACAGCUAUCAUGGCUCCAUUUUACCAGUACAUGGAAACUGACAAUUUCAAAUUACCCAAUGACGAUUUGCAGGGCAUCCAGAAGAUAUAUGGUCCUCCUGAUAAGAUCCCUCCACCAACCAGGCCUUUACCAACAGUGCCCCCGCAUCGGUCCCUCCCUCCUGUGGACCCCCGGAAGAAUGACAGGCCCAAGCCUCCCCGGCCACCCACCGGCAAGCCAUCCUAUCCUGGAGCCAAACCCAACAUCUGCGACGGAAACUUCAACACCCUGGCUAUUCUUCGUCGGGAAAUGUUUGUUUUCAAGGAUCAGUGGUUCUGGCGGGUGAGAAACAACAGAGUGAUGGAUGGGUACCCAAUGCAGAUUACUUAUUUCUGGCGGGGUCUGCCUCCCAGUGUUGAUGCUGUAUAUGAGAAUAGUGAUGGCAAUUUUGUCUUCUUUAAAGGAAACAAAUACUGGGUCUUCAAGGAUACCACACUUCAGCCAGGUUAUCCUCAUGACUUGAUAUCACUUGGAAGUGGAAUUCCUCCUCAUGGUAUUGAUUCAGCCAUUUGGUGGGAGGAUGUUGGGAAAACCUACUUCUUCAAGGGAGACAGGUACUGGAGGUAUAGUGAAGAAAUGAAAUCUAUGGACCCUGGUUAUCCAAAACCAAUCACAAUCUGGAAGGGUAUCCCAGAAUCUCCUCAGGGAGCCUUUGUCCACAAAGAAAAUGGCUUCACAUACUUCUACAAAGGAAAGGAGUAUUGGAAAUUCAAUAACCAGAUGCUCAGGGUGGAACCUGGAUAUCCCAGAUCCAUCCUCAAGGACUUUAUGGGCUGUGAAGGACCAACAGACCGGGAUAAAGAGCGACACAGUCCCCAGGAUGACGUAGACAUUGUCAUCAAACUGGACAACACAGCCAGCACUGUGAAAGCCAUAGCCAUCGUCAUCCCCUGCAUCCUGGCCCUGUGUCUCCUCGUCCUGGUUUACACUGUGUUCCAGUUCAAGAGGAAAGGAACACCCCGCCACAUACUGUACUGCAAACGCUCUAUGCAGGAGUGGGUGUGAUGUAGGGCUUUCUGCUUUCUUCUUUUCUUUCCCAGGAGUUUGUGGUAACUUGAGAUCCUACACAAAAGCUGGUUUGCUGUUUCCUAGCUAGGAGCAGGCAUCCGACAGCCUGCAUCAGGGCUGGUGUUAAAAACCCAGUGGGUUGCCCGUCCUGCACAUGAGGGGGUGUUGGCUUAUCUGGGAAGCUUCCAUGAUACCCAGUAUCUGCCGUUUCUUCAGUCCUUUGUCUUUCUUCGUCAUUCAAUUCUAUGCCUUUCCUCUGCACGCUCAAUGCCCAAUAAACUUUCAGGAUUAACUAACGAAGAGGAAAAAAAAAGAUCUUUCUCCAACGUUUUUAACGUUCUGUUUCCCUGAAGCCUGUUCCCAUUUCAAAACAAAAAUGAUAAUUAAAUAUUUAAAUUGUGAACAAACAGGAUGCACGACCCCCAGUGGACUUUUCAGGAAAGUGUGAAGACCCAAAACAGCUUUGUCUCCAAAGAGGAUUGCUUUCAGUCGGUUAUGGAUAGAGUCCACUCCUAGCUGUGAUUUUAGUCAGGUGGGAGAUCUGGAUGACACGCAGGACUUUAGACUGUUCGGACAGCCAUUUUCCAACAGACAAGGGGCCAAAAUAUCUGCAAUAGAGUAACAGCCUUAAUGACACAUCCAUUUUGUGUUUUAUACAGCUUUUCCAACCUACGUCCUCAAUGUUUUAUCACAUCUAUAUUCCAUUAUUCUACUCAAACACAGGAACUUUUGAUUUUUUUUUUUUUGAGGAUUUCCCACUCCCAGCUCCCUGUCAGUUUUCCAGGAUGUCUUUUUUCUUUUUUUUCCCCCCAAAGGUAGAACAGGUCAUCUUCCCGAGGCCUUUCAUGGGUCUGUCAUGAACCUUUAUUCCCAACAUAGCAAGAAGCAGUAUGUCUCUGAAGUGGAUUAGAGUGACAGUAACAUUACAAAGAUAUUUGACACCAGUAUUACAUUGGUGUUACCCUUUGAGAACUAUAGGAUCCAUUUUCAGAGUAUUAGGAGUACUCAUCUUGGUUUCUUCUAAAUUAUAGGACUGGGCAUAUGUUGUCAAGAGAAAUGCAAAUUUAAGAAUUUCAUAUUUUUAAAGCAAAGAUAUCCUGUAAUUGUGAAAGACAUUUUUUUUUAUCAUUUGCAAUAUUGGUACAUAGCAUUUAUACCAAACAGAAAAGAUGAUAUUUGCCUGAACAUUUUUGGCAAAUAAAGAUAUUUUAAUAACUUCUAGCACUCUUAACUAGAAAUUUUUUGAACAACUGGCUACAGUUUUCUAGCCUAGUCUUUUAUCUUAGACUCAUUGAAUUUCUGCUUUAAGCACCUCUGCAUGAAAAUUCAAUUUGCCUCAGUAGAGGACUACACCCAGGUAGCAUUACAGUUUCAAGGAUAACCUAAAAUGAUGACUCUAAUGUUGCAUGACUAUCCUCCCGUGCAUAACCUACUGCAUGCUGACCAUAGUUCUCAAAGGGUUAGUGAGACCUCUGGAAUUUAACCAUCCAAAAGAUCACUGACAGAGCCAAGGGACCACCAAAGCAUUUUCAUUGUCUAGUGUAAUUUGUCCUACGAGCAGUAUUGUCAUUUCCAUGUGACCUGCCGAGCAGGUUUGUAUCAAUAUUUUUUUCCUAGAGAAAAGUCAGCAACUGACAGACCUCUUUAUUGAUUUUAGGAGCUGCUUCUUGCAGCCAUCAGCUUUACAGCUACUGGGCUGUGAACUUAUUAAAGAUGGUCAGAGUGAAUGCCCCCUUCCCCUACAAGAGUCAGACACUGGCUUUGUGUGAAAGCCAGGUUUUGAGGGGAAUAGCUUUCAAAACAAUGAACAGCUUGCCUUGAACUUAAUUUUUGAUUUGUUGACUGUCAUGACCAACUUUAACAUUGUCUUCUGUGAAAAAUUUCCUUGAAGAGUUUGGUUCCGUACUGUUGCCCUUUGACCUUUAACUUUCAUACUGGCACAAAUUGAAGGGAAUCCGUUGUUAUUAAUCCAUUUGGAUUGUUGAUUUUUUUUUUUUUCAAAGUCCCCAUAUUAACCAUCUCAGAUUUUUAAAAAUAGCAUUGAGCUGUUUUCUGAGCAAAACAAAAACAAUGGAUUUAUGAUAGAUCUGCAGGUGGGGGUUUCA